AUGUCAGAAGAACCUAUAAAAUCACCAAUUGGGAACAACAAUCCUCAAAGAUCUGCAUUAUCAAUUGCUUCUCCUGCAAAAUUGAAUAUCAUAUCAUCAGAAUGGUCUAAAACACAAUCUAAAAUUACGAAGAAACCAUUACGAAGGACAAACUCCUUGAAUAUCACUGGGAUAGGUUCCCAAUUGUCAAUGCAUCCAGCAUUGAAAACUUAUAUUAGACCAAAACUACCGACUGCGACUCCACCAAUAUUAAGUAAACGUAAUUCUUCAUUUUUCAAAGACGAUUCAAAAUUAAGUGGUAUGGCCAAUGCAUCGCUAUUUGAAGGUGACGAAAAAACAGAAACUACAACAGUACCAACAGCAACAAUAACAAAUUUGCUAUCGUCACCUGGUCGUGAGCAUAAUGAAAUAUCAUAUAUGACCCAACGAUUAUUAUCGCGUCAAGAAUCAUUAGAUGAGUCCUAUGCUACCAACACAGAUAGGUUCCUACCCAUUUUACAAAAUACCUGUCAAAAUAAAGUAGAUCCAUCAACAUUGCAAGAAGAACUACCACCACCGAAUGCCUCUCCAAUUACACAUCUAAGAGCACAAACCAAACUAGUAUUCAAACAAAGCGUCGCUGAAGCAUGUGGAUUAUCAAUGAAUCAAAGGAUCUUGCAAUAUGUUCCACCACCUCCUGUGGCAUCAUUCAAGAGAGGCCAAAGUUAUAAUUUGAAAAGGAGAACUCAUUAUACUUACCAAAAUAAUGAAAAGGAUUCGAACACUAUCAGUACUAUUAAUAAGGUGCAGCAAAGUCCGGCGGAAAUGAUGAAAUUACGGAAAGUGGUAACGAACCCAGAAAGAAUUCUUGAUGCUCUAGGUUUUAAAGAUGAUUUUUAUUUAAAUUUAUUAAGUUGGUCGGCAAAUAAUACAAUGGGUAUUGCCUUGGAUAAUGCCGUUUAUUUAUGGGAUAGUAAUACAGGUAUUGUGAAAAUGCUAGUGGAAUAUAAUGAUGAUAUUACAGUGUCAAGUAUUAUAUGGUCCGAUGAUGAUUGCCAUAUUUCUAUUGGGAAGAGUGAUGGUAAUACUGAAAUUUGGGAUGUAGAAACUAUGAGAUUAAUUAGGACCAUGAGAUCGGGAUUGGGUGUACGUAUUGGGUCGUUAUCAUGGUUAGGUGCCUUAAUUGCAUCCGGUGCACGUAGCGGUGAGAUUCAAAUUAAUGAUGUAAGAAUUAAAGAACAUAUCGUCCAUAAUUGGUCAGAGCAUAAAGGUGAAGUUUGUGGAUUAGCCUAUAAGUCUGAUGGGUUACAAUUGGCUUCAGGUGGGAAUGACAAUACUAUGAUGAUUUGGGAUACAAGGAAGGCAAUGCCUCAAUGGAUUAAACGCAAUCACACGGCUGCAGUUAAAGCUUUAAGUUGGUGUCCUUAUAAACCAAAUUUAUUAGCCAGUGGUGGUGGUCAGACAGAUAAAUAUAUUCAUUUUUGGAAUAGUACUAACGGUGCUCGAAUAGGAUCCAUUAACUCUGGUUCACAAGUCAGUUCAUUACAUUGGGGGCAGAGCUAUGAUUCCCAUGGUAUGAUGAAUCAUGAGAUUGUUGCCACUGGUGGUGGUCCAGAAAAUGCCAUUUCAAUUUUCAAUUAUAAUACUAAAUUUAAAGUGGCAGAAAUUAUUCACGCACAUGAAUCAAGAAUCUGUACCUCUCAGUUAUCUCCAGAUGGUACUACUCUUGCAACUGUAGGUGGUGAUGAAAAUCUGAAGUUUUUCAAGAUUUUUGAACCAAGGAGGCAAGAAAGACGAUCUGCCAAAGGAGGUGUUGUUGAAGAUGUCCUGAGCUUAUUUGGUGAGACUGAUGAUAUCCUUGAAAAUAGAAAGGAUACGCUUUCAACUACUGUGAUUAGGAAUAAUACAAACUCGACAACUAGAAGACCAAGAACAAGUGAUUAUUUAAUCAGAUGA